AUGGUCACAUUCACGUUUCUCCGCGAUGACCCCUUACACUCUGAAAUCACCAGGAACGACAAUGCCGCUGCCCGAUACGAGGUAAUGACGGACAGAGCGGUUGGGGGCAAGAAGACAGUCUUGCGCCGCGCAGGACAAGAGAUUGCGAGCGUCGAAUGGCGGUCAAAGGAGAGGAAGACACAGGUCGUCUUUUCUGGUCGUCACAGUACCCUCAACGAGUUCUUGAAGCAAGGCGGAUUCUUCUCUAGUGUGGUGCGAGAGUUCAAGGACCCAAGGGAACACACGUGCUCAUGGAAGCGACAAAUGCAUCACUUCAUCCUCGUGGAUACCGUUGAGGUAGCAAUUGCGCGCCACCACCGUGCACACAAUGGGCUCUUCUCCAACAAGCGGGAUAUGUCGCUCGACGUAUUUGACAAAGGAGUAGACUUUGCGGACCUGAUCCUCUUCACGUUCAUCCUUGUGGAGCACCUGCAGCGUGUGGCUGCUAGGCAUUCCGCAAAUCAGGCUGCCUUAAGAGCAACUGUAGCCGCCUCUGCCCCACCACCUCCCGCGUGCUGA